UAGAGCGCAAGCGCGCAGCCAGUCUCAAAUCUUGACUUCACUCAGGUUAUUUACAAUUUGACGGAUUUCUCGCGAGUUUUUAACGCGCACGUGAGUGCCGGACUGUCUGUUAUUGUAAUAUGCAAUUGAAAAUGGCAAAUUCAUUCAACGCGAAACACAUCAAGGAAUUGAUACAAACGGAGGAUCGUUUCCUGACGGAGCUUUUUGGAAAAAUGCCCCUUCCUACGACAGAACCUGGCGAUGAGAACGAUGAUUCAGGGGAAGAAACUCAGUCCACAAAAAAAGUAAACAUUUUCCCGGCUUCUGGAAAGGCGAAAAGGGCCCAAACUUUUGAGGAGCUUCAUCAAAAAUUGGAUCAACUCAAAGGCAAAAAGAAACUCGAGCACAAGCAAAAGUUACUGAAGAAAGGCUUGAAAAAUCGAAUAAAAAAGAAAAGUAAACGAGAUGAGCGUUUAGCCCAGAAAAAAAUGGCAAGAGCUGAACAAAACUCAGCUGGUGGCGUAACGAGAGUUAAAAGUGAAGAGGGAGUGGAAGUUGCACCAAAAAUUUCUAAAGCAAAACCUGUUUUCAAUUCUGAAGGCAAUAUGGUUUUUAGCAAAUUUGACUUCUCUGAAAUCGGCACCAAGAAAAAACCGCCCAAGACAGAAACGGAUCCUAAGAAAGCUCUUCAGUUGUUGCAACAGAAAAAAGAAAAAAUCAAGGGACUGGAAUUAGCGGGAGAGACGGAAAAAGCUCAGGAAAUCAAAGAAAAAGAUGCCUGGAGAAGCGCUCUUGCCAAAGCUGGUGGUGAAAAAGUAAAAGAUGACCCGGAAUUGCUGAAGCGAACGAUAAAGCGUACGGAACAACAGAAAUCGAGGAGUUCGAAAAAGUGGGAUUCGAGGAUAGAGGGAGUGCAGAAAAAGAAGCAAGAAGCACAACAGAAGAGACAAGAGAAUAUACUGAAACGUAAAAAAGACAAGAAAACGAAUAAAUUGAAAAAAGCAUCGAAAAAAGGUCGCGUCAUACCGGGAUUUUAGUAUACGUGAGUUAAUAAACUGUCGAGGACAAUCGUUGAUUUUAUCGUGAGUGAAAAAUAUUUCGAAACGUUAAGAUGACAUAUUUUUAAGGAAAUAAUUCCUUUCGUGCGAAUCCACGCUUUUUCAGUACUUUUUCCACACGAAUCCGUCGCAAUGUCGUCGGACACAGUAGAAAAACAAAUCGUAAAUCAGAAAGAAAGAUUUAUAAGUCUCAAAGAAAUUGGUGAUUGCAUCGUUUGAGUACACUGAAAUUUUUUCUUUCCCAUGUUCAGUUUUGCGAGUAAUAUUUUUUUCUUGCUGAACAGAUAAACUUGAAUAUUUGUCCAAUUUUCGUGAUUCUGGUCACGAGUUUCUUAUUAAAAAUAAAAUAUUGAACAAUGAGAAAAUUUCGGUGCAUUCUACCGAUGUCAAUACUCGAAAAAAUGGAGAGUGUCACUCGAUUGUGAGUUAUUUUUAAGCAGUCGAGAUUUGUUGAAUCGCAGAAGAUAUAAAAAAUGAAGAUUCGGAGUUUCGUUGAAGAGACUCCGGACAAACACGUUAAA